AUCUGUGGCCGCUUUCUUCUCCCAGCUCUGGGUUCUGGAUUGCUCCGGGUGUCUGUCGCCGUGUGACUCGCUGGUACCUGGACUCCCAGGGCGAGGAGGGGCGCUCACCGGAGUCCCGAAAUGGGGUUGGUGUCAUUUGAAGACGUAGCCGUGGACUUCACUUGGCAGGAAUGGCAGGAGCUGGAUGCUGCUCAGAGGACCCUGUACAGGGACGUGAUGCUGGAGAACUAUAGCAGCCUGGUGUCCUUGGGGCACUGCAUGACUAAACCUGAGUUGAUCUUAAGGUUGGAGCAUGGAUUCCAGCCGUGGAGCAUAGGAGACACUCCGGCCUGGCGUCUCCCAGGUGUUCUUGAAGUGUAUACUCCAAAUGAGAGUUACCUGGAAAAUCCAGAGAGUCAUAUGUGGCCAGUGGGAAGCAUCAACAGAAAUCUUUCAAAUAAAGAGAUGAUUGAAGCAGAAAUGAAGGUUCAACUGGAACUUCACCGAGGUACAAAACCCUAUGAGUGUAAACCGUGUAUGAAAAUGGUGAGCCUGGCCUCGCAGUGCAGCAAGCAGCAUGCAUACUAUCCCAGUGUGAAACCCUACGAAUGGAAGGAGUGUCAGAAAGCUUUCUGUUACAAGUCAGCGCUCACUCAACACCAAAGAACUCGUACAAGAUUGAAGAUCUAUCAGUGUACAGAAUGCAGGAAAGCUUUCCCCUCCAAAUCAGAACUCACUGUGCAUCAUAGAAUUCAUACUGGUGAAAAGCCCCAUGCAUGUGAAGAAUGUGGGAAAGCUUUCUAUCGUAAGUCAACCCUUACAGUACAUCAGAAAACUCAUAGAGGUGAGAAACCUUACGAGUGUAAAGAAUGUUGGAAAGCUUUCUAUUAUAAGUCAACCCUCACUGAACAUCAGCGAAUUCAUACCGGUGAGAAGCCUUAUGUGUGUAAAGACUGUGGUAAAGCUUUCUUCUACAAGUCAAACUUAACUCGCCAUCAUAGAACUCAUACAGGUGAGAAACCUUAUGAAUGUGAAGAGUGCAGGAAAGGUUUCUCCUCUAAGUCAGAGCUCACUUCACAUCAUAGAACUCAUACCGGUGAGAAGCCCUAUCAGUGUGAAGAAUGUGGGAAAGCUUUUUACUGCAAGUCAACCCUUCGUGUACAUCAAAAAAUACAUACAGGUGAAAAGCCUUAUGAGUGUAAGGAAUGUCAGAAAUCUUUCUAUUAUAAGUCAACUCUGACUGAACAUCAGAGAACUCAUACAGGUGAGAAGCCCUAUGAAUGUAAAGACUGUGGCAAGGCUUUCUUCUACAAGUCACAGUUAACUCGCCAUCAUAGAAUUCAUACAGGUGAGAAGCCUUAUGAAUGUGAAGAGUGCAGGAAAGCUUUCUCCUCCAAGUCAGAGCUCACUGCUCAUCACAGAACUCAUACCGGUGAGAAGCCCUAUGAAUGUAAAGAAUGUGGCAAAUGUUUCUGUCGCAAGUCACACUUAACUCUUCAUCAUAGAAUCCAUACAGGUGAGAAGCCCUAUGAAUGUAAAGAUUGCAGAAAAGCUUUUUUCUGCAAGUCAGGACUUGCCCGACAUCUGGGAACUCAUGCGCAUGGUACUAACACAAAGAACAGAGAAAAGCAUUUUCCUGCAACUCACAGCUCAGUCAAUUUCAGAAAUGAUAUACAAGUUAGAAACCCUGUGGCUAUAAAUAAUGAAAAAAAACUCUCUACUAUAAAUCAUUCCUCAGUCCAUAUGAUGGACUUCUUAGAGUUGAGAAGUCCUAUAGAUGUACAUAAUGCAGGAAAACUUACCUUGUUAAAUCAUACCUCAUUCAAUGUGAAUGAACUCAGGUGAGACAUGCUAAUAACAGAGAAGGCUAGGAAGCAUGCGGUCAUCCAGGAUCACUUGACAUCAGAGAAUGUCUGUUGAAAGAUUACAGCAAAGAACUGCCACAAGGGAGACUUCUUAAUCUCAGAAGACCAUUUUUGUCUGGAAAGAACAUAGGAAAGCUCAACUGUAGUUGUCUAAAUGUAAGCAACUUAAACAUGAAAAGAAGCUUAUGACUUAAAAGCCAAAAGUUUUGAAUGGUGACUUGGGUCUCUGAUGAAACCUGCAAUGAAAAGCUCUGAGAAUGUAUAAAAUGUAUAGACUACUGUAUACAUGCUAACCUUGAAAAACAAACACUUAAGGGACCCUUUUAAAAAACAGGAAAAUUUUGAUGUCAGACCACAGUCUGCAUCAAAAAAGUUAUACAGGUGAGAGACUGUACAAAUAAAUCUGUCGUGUAUAGUGGCACUUGCUUAUGUUCCAUUUCAAUGACACAUAGAUAUUCAAGACUAGGGAACAUCAUAUUCUCUCCAACUCUGGGUAGGCCUAGAAUGUUACAAGGGCGUGUGUAGAAAUGUGAUAUGGUUCAGAAGUGCUGUUGAGUUAUGUUAGAAAUGACUGAUUCUGUAUCUCUUAGGAGGCAUUGGCUUGUUUUGUAGGACUAGCAAAGUCACUGGUGAUCUGUGUUUUCUGAUUCUCAUCUCACAAGAGAAAAUGUGGUAAAUCUUCUGAUAAAGUCAUUUUAGUCUGACAGUCAACAAUGUAGGGGUCCAGAUAUUAGCAGUACUUAUUUCCUGAUCUCAGAGAAAUGAUGGCUAAAAGUGGUAACAUGUACAUCACAUUAGCAGCACAGGAGAGGUGAAGGUACAUGGGAUUUGUACCACAAAUUGCAAAUAAGGGAAUCUAGACCAGUGCUUAAGAUAACAAACCAAGUGAGUAUUAGAGCCAGGAUCAAAUAUCCUAUCUCAUUCAGCUCAGUGUUGCUUGCACUAACCCUGCACCAUUUUAUUUGACCAAAUUUAUACAGCUUGAUGUUAGUGGAUGAAAGGAGAACAAUUUUCAUUACCAUUUUCCAACUCUGGGAGAAGAGAAUCUAAAUAAUAGUGUCCUGACUCUUUUAAGCCAAGCAACAGCCAUCUCAGAGAAUUCAGUCGUGCCCCUUUGCAAAAGCUCAUCCCAGCUGGGCUUAUUGAUGGUUUAUACACUCUUCUCCUCCCAGCAUCCAACUGCUCCCUACCAACUGGCAGCUCUGCAGACUGCCUGGGGAAAAGAUUUAGAGUAAGUGCCAGGAAACACUAGGGAAGGAGCCACAUCCUCCAUCUAUGUUGUUUUGGAAAA